AUGGGAGUCGGCAAGUUGGAGGACGAGAACGCGACAUUGAAGACGGCUGUCUCGGACACUAAUCGUGAAGUCGAACAACUAAGGAAGGACAAGGAGAACCUGACCGCUGAAGUUGAGGGUCUCAGGACCAAGACUGGCAAGAUAGAGUUUCAUUUGGAACAACUUGCGGUGAAGCUUGUCCUGAAGCUUGAAGAACUCUGUCGGGACUUUGAGGCUGAAACUGGACGGGUCGAGACAGGUCUCGACCCUAUCAACUGUCCCAUGAAAGAUGAAGUUGCGAUGAACUUGCUUCGACUGGAAUCGCGCUUGGAUGGUGCAGUCGACUAUCUGGCUCGGCUGAAGGCGGCGAUGGCCCGAAUGGACGUCGAACUCUGGCCUCAGGAGGAAAUAUCUCAAGACCUUGAGUCCUUGAUGACUCGGCUAAACCAGAUCACAGACCGAGUGCAAGAGUUGAAGAAAUCUUUUGCCCGCUGUGGUGCUGACGUCGCCUUAUCUUUGGUCCGAGUGCACUGCAAGUAG